AUGCAGUAUCUCUUGGCCGCAUCUUCUAUCCUCGGCGGUGUAUCCGCCUUGGUCGCCCGUGACGCCCCCUGUUGCUUCCACCUGUCCGCGGAUGGAGGCCCCGGAGGUCCGGUUGGCCAGCUUGAUGAUGGUCAGAACCGCAUUGGACAAGGUCUUCCAGAGGCGAAUUAUUGUCUCGACAACAACGGAGGUUUGACGGACCAGGACGGCAGAGGAUGCAUCCUAACUCCUCCAACCACCCAAUGGCAAUGUGAUGAAGGAGCCACUCCGGAUGGAGGGUUCAGCGUAGGCAAUGAUGGUGGGCUGAAACAUGAUGGCAGCACCACCUUCAUCGCUUGCCCGACUGGAGACAAUGGCGGAUGGAAUAUCUACACAGAGCGCAUCGAUGGCGAACCACUGUGCACGGAGAUCACCCUCACUGCGGAUAGUUGCGGCUCUGGGGCUCCCCCGACUGAGGGCAAGCCCAGUGAACCGGCUGGCACUCAACCUGCACAAACGCAGCCCGCUGGAACUGAACCAACUGGCGAUCACCCUUCACCGAGCCAGCCCGCUGGAACUGAACCAGCUGGCGAUCACCCUUCACCGAGCCAGCCCGCUGGAACUGAACCAGUUGGCGAUCACCCUUCACCGAGCCACCCUGCUGAAAGCCAGCCCACUGGAGGUCAUCCUACGCUGAGCCCGCCGUAUUUGAAUCAAACAACUACUGGCAGCCCUGGUGGUGAUGGUGCUGGCGGGAGUCAGCCAACCGGCGGUAACCCCUCUACGACCAGCAACCCAGCGAAGACGCAGCCAGCGGGAAGUAAGCCAGCGGAGACCCAACCGGUUGCGACCAAUCCUGCCGAGACUCCAUCAACCCCGCCUUCCGAGUCCUGCCCCGUGGACGAGGAUCUGAGCGGCCCGUAUGAGGCUCCUCAUCUGAUCAUUCCCGUCGACAGCUCCAAGCCGGACGAGGUGCCCGGAACCUCCUACUUCGGCCAGGUCACUCCUACCGUGAGCUCGAUCUUCAACUUCGACAUCCCUGAAAGCUACGCCGGCAGCAAGUGCUCGAUCAUUUUCCUCUUCCCGGAACGGUCCCGACUUGAAACGUCCAACUACACGAUCUCAGGCACUGGAGAAGUCCAAUUCGGGCUACUCGACAGCCCGGCUUCUGAGCAGACAUCGUUCAAUACUUCGCCGAAGAUCAAGACCGACCUUGGCAAGGAGAUGCUCGCCCCAGGAAAUAGCUACCAGAUCGAGACGCUAGAAUGCCCCGCCGGAGAAACCAUUGCGAUCAGUAUGGUGAGCUCUAAGGGGACGGAUUUCGAGUGGUUUGAAGACUACAACCCUGCACCGAUCGGGUUGUGGGUCACCAAGUGCUAA